GGGGCGGGGGCGGUGAUGGUGGAGGUUUCUACUAGCGUUACUUCUGGACGGGGGUUCUGGGAUUCCGAUCCGGGUCAGCUUCGUACUCCGAAACUGCCGAGGAAUUAGGCAAACAAAAGAGGCACUGAGAGAAAGAGGCCAGAAGUCCUCUGUGCCGCUUGUCGCGCUCCCUUGUUAUCUAGGGGUGGGGGCUGGACUUUUGCAGGGCGGGAAGAGGGCACCAGAGCGGGUGGAGACGGGGUCGCACCCCCUAGGUCGAGGUAGUUAUCGGCCGGUUGUGCAAGCUUUGGCCCUUGUUUUCCUGGCCUGGCUCGUUUGGAGGCCGGACACAUCCACCCUUGGAAUUGGUUCAGGAUUCUGCUGUUAUUCUCCUUGCCCCUCUUGGAUUUUCUGGAUUCUUGAAGACGCAGUGGCCCGAGAGGAGAGAGGAAGGAGGAAGGAACAGAUCUCCAGAGGAAUGUGAGAGCCUCCCAAAGCCGGAGCAGGCAGCCAGUAAGAGCCGAGAGCCAGGGGAGGCAGAACCUUGCCUGCGUUCCUGGGAUCGUGGUCCGAGGGUAAUUCUCUUCUGUUGUCCACCAGUGUUCCAGUGGAAAGUGUCCGUUGCAUUCUAGUAGAGCUGUUUUCUCCAAGUCAUUUGACUUUUCUGCUUGGUGCGUGAGGAGGGAGAGACUCGGUCCUUUUCAGGGGCUGCAAAGGGAGGGGAGAAAGACUGUGGCCAUGACCAACUCCUCCCUGCUUACAGGCAGAUAUCCCAAGGCAGUUUCUGGACCAUAGACACUUCUUUGACCAAAAGGCAGCUAGGCAACAUCUGUGCAUGCUGAGACCCUGCCCAAGGGGCUUGGUAGGGCACCCUAGACUUGGAACUGCAAGUACUUUUUUGGAGGACACCCUGCUGAACAUUCCGGGUCUGGGCAAGGCAUUUUCCUCCCAGUCUUGACCUAACAGAUAGCCUAGCCAUGGCACUGAAAGGCCGAGCCCUCUAUGAUUUCCACAGUGAGAACAAGGAGGAAAUCAGUAUCCAGCAGGAUGAAGACCUGGUUAUCUUCAGUGAGACCUCACUGGACGGCUGGCUGCAGGGACAGAACAGCCGUGGGGAGACAGGGCUCUUCCCUGCCUCUUAUGUUGAGAUUGUCCGUCCUGGCAUCAACACCAACCAUGUGGAUUAUUCCAACAUCCCUGCAGGCUCCCUGGGCACCCAGGUGAGUUUGUAUAGCAGCCCUAGUAUGGCCAGUCCAGCCAGAAGUGGUGGGGGCAGCGGCUACCUCUCAAACCAAGGAAGCUUUGAGGAUGAUGAUGAUGAUGACUGGGAUGACUGGGAUGACGGAUGCACAGUGGUGGAAGAGCCACUGGCUGGUGGUCUAGGUACCAAUGGGCACCCUCCACUCAACCUCUCCUAUCCGGGUGCCUACCCCAACCAGCAUAUGGCUUUCCGACCCAAGGCACCCCUGGAAAGACAGGACAGUCUGGCGUCCGCCAAGCGGGGAAGUGUGGUAGGACGGAACCUUAAUCGUUUCUCAUGCUUUGUACGCUCUGGGGUGGAGGCCUUCAUCCUUGGUGAUGUGCCCAUGAUGGCCAAGAUUGCAGAGACAUACCCCAUUGAGAUGGGCCCACGAGGCCCUCAGUGGAAGGCCAACCCCCACCCAUUUGCCUGCUCCAUAGAGGACCCUACCAAACAGACCAAGUUCAAAGGCAUUAAAAGUUACAUCUCCUACAAGCUUACACCCACCCAUGCUGGCUCGCCUGUCUACCGGCGCUACAAACACUUUGACUGGCUCUACAACCGCCUUCUGCACAAGUUCACAGUGAUCUCAGUGCCCCACCUGCCUGAGAAGCAGGCCACAGGCCGCUUUGAGGAGGACUUCAUUGAGAAGCGCAAACGGAGGCUCAUCCUUUGGAUGGACCACAUGACCAGCCACCCUGUGCUCUCCCAGUACGAGGGCUUCCAGCACUUCCUCAGCUGCCUGGAUGACAAGCAGUGGAAGAUGGGUAAACGCCGAGCAGAGAAGGAUGAGAUGGUGGGUGCCAGUUUUCUGCUCACCUUCCAGAUCCCCACAGAGCACCAGGAUCUGCAGGAUGUAGAGGACCGCGUGGAUACAUUCAAGGCUUUCAGUAAGAAGAUGGAUGACAGCGUCCUGCAGCUUAGCACUGUGGCGGCAGAGCUGGUACGGAAGCACGUGGGUGGCUUCCGUAAGGAGUUCCAGAAGCUCGGCAGUGCCUUCCAGGCCAUUAGCCAUGCCUUCCAGAUGGACCCUCCCUUUAGGUCUGAGGCUCUCAAUAAUGCCAUCUCUCACACUGGCCGGACCUAUGAAACUGUUGGCGAGAUGUUUGCUGAACAACCUAAGCAUGACCUCUUCCAAAUGCUUGACACUUUGUCUCUCUACCAGGGCCUACUCUCCAACUUCCCUGACAUUAUCCACCUGCAGAAAGGUGCCUUUGCUAAGGUGAAGGAAAGCCAGCGCAUGAGUGAUGAGGGCCGCAUGGCUCAGGAAGAGGCAGAUGGCAUUCGCAGGCGCUGCCGAGUGGUAGGCUUCGCCCUGCAGGCCGAGAUGAACCAUUUCCACCAGCGCCGUGAGCUCGACUUCAAGCACAUGAUGCAAAGCUACCUGCGUCAGCAGAUCCUUUUCUACCAGCGGGUAGGCCAGCAGCUGGAGAAGACCCUCCGCAUGUAUGACCACCUCUGACAGACUCUGUCCAGCUAUGCAGGGCCUCUUCCCACCUGUCCACCCCACUCCUGUCAUUAGCGGUGGCUCUGGUGCCCAGGGCAGGUGAGGUGAGUGGCCUGUUCUUUCUAGGAGAAGACAAGGGACUUUUGAUAAGUCCGGGUAUCCCUGGAGUACCUUUCCCUGACUUUAGAGAUGGAUGAAUCGUUCUCUGAGCCAAAGCCUGGGCUGCUGGUCAGUCCCCAAGGAUCAAGCUUCUCGGGAGCCUAUAGUGCACAGUCACCUGGCCACCACACCCUGUUCAUUCCGUGGACUCCAUAGACUGCUGUGGCCUUGGCUGAGACAUUGGUGACCAAGGCUGGAACUUGCUUCUUUUCAAGAUGGAUACCAGACAAUGCAGAAUGACAGGUGACACUUAAAGAUUCAUGGAAACUCCUCAAAGGACCACAGAACUCUGCUGGUGGGAGGGUUGGGGAGGGGGACACUUCAUGGAGUAGGUGACAUUCCAGCAAUAUCUGGAAGAAUUACAAGGACCGGCAAAAGACAGUAAAUGGAAUGAAAGACACUUUGGGCAGAAGAGCUAUGUGGUCCCUCCUCUUAACUUUCCCAAAGCAAGUUUGGUGUCCUCUCUGUGGGUUGUGAUCUAUAUGACAGAGGGGAGGGAUCAUCCUUGCUCUGUGGUCCCUGGUUUUCCUGCCCUACCCAUGCCUCUGCAGGAGGGACUGCAGGCCAACUCCCUCCUAUAAGCCUUGGAUUCUUCAAUAUCUUGGUUGAGGGACCCUCCUACUUUUCCUUGUUUAGGGGACCAUGCAACAACUUUCCCUUCUCUAGGCUCAAGGUGCUCAAUCCGGGGAGCACUAGGCCCUGGUGGAGUUCUGGAGGGAACUCUCAAAGGUAACCAGCAGUGACUCCCCAUUCUCCUAGCACAUCCAGGCACCUUUGUUUCUGUGGCUUGGUCUUCUCAAAUUACUCCCGUUGCACAGUGGGAAAUCUGACAGAAAGAUACUGAAAACUCAACCCCCAUGUGUGGCCAGACUCACUGGUCAGUUUGUGCAGUCACCCACCUAUGUUUACAUCCUCCAGGAAUUACUGCCCUGUAUCCCUCAGGUGUGGGUGUGGCCCAGCAGCUUGUUGGGAAAGUGAUCCCCCCCCCCCUUGCCUCCCUGGGAAGCCAUGUUCUGCUCCUAGGUCCUGCUGCUUGACUCUUUUCUUGAUAAACCUUUUACAGUUAACGGAA